UUAUUGAUACAAAAUAUGAAUAAUUUGAUAUAUUUUGUUGGUUUCUUUGUUCUCUGCAGAUUUCUGUUACUGUUUACGUGCCUUGGUGUGAGCAUAGUUGCCACCGUUGAUAACCCUACUCUACAAAUCACCUGCAACCAUAUAGUUUUUAUACUGGAAAUAAUUGCUGUCCUGAUCCUGAGCACAGAAUGUACGCUUCGUAUCUGGUCUGCGGGAUGCCGCAGCCGCUACCAAGGUCAUUAUGGAAGGCUCAGGUUUAUCAGGAGACCCCUUUGUAUACUCGAUAUUGUUGUAGUCAUAGCUUCAGUCCUAAUCAUUGUGAUAGGCAGCCGCAACGGUCGCUUCCUCGAGCCAGCAUUCCGUGGUCUUCGCUUUAUUCAGAUCCUGCGAAUGGUUCGGGUUGACCGGCGUGGCAACACCUGGAAACUUCUAGGCUCUGUUGUCUGGGCACACAGACAGGAGUUGCUGACAACAUGGUAUAUUGGUUUCCUGGCCCUAAUUUCAGUGUCUUUCUUAGUGUUUACAUUGGAGCAUGGUAGUCCCGAUGAUGAUUAUAAGACUCUACCUGAUGCCAUGUGGUAUGGUCUGGUAACCUUGACAACAGUGGGAUAUGGGGAUAAAACACCAAACUCCUGGUCAGGGAAGCUAGCCGCUGCGGUCUUUGCAAUCAUUGGAAUUUCCUUUUUCGCUCUGCCUGCGGGUAUUCUUGGUUCCGGUUUUGCUCUGCAAGUCCAGCAGCAACAACGCCAGAAGCACUUUGCUCGGAGACGACAUCCAGCAGCACAACUCAUCCAGUGUCUUUGGAGAUGUUAUGCUGCAGAUCCAAACUCUAGUUCAACAGCCACCUGGAAACCUCAUAUUAAACCUGUUCAUAGCCCCACUACUGGCAGCUUCAGGUCCAAUAACUUCAUCUCCCGACUUUCCAUGAAACGCAACAACAACACGGCCAACAGUCCCAUGAUGCACCGCACCAGCGAGCGUCUCAAGAAGUCGAUCAGCUCGGAACGGGACCUGGAGGACGGGGACCACGACGAGAAGAAGACCAUGCUGAGUGUCAGGCUGAGUAACGGCAGCCAUGGUGGUCUCUUUGGUGAGCAGGACUCCAUGAGAUCCAUUAGAAGUUUCCGCCACUCUCAUCAUCAUCAUCAUGGCAAAGAUGAUGAAGAACCACCGGUCCGUGUCACCAAGCUCACUGAGGCACACAAGAACGCCAUCAGAGCCGUACGCAAGAUCAAAUACUUUGUGGCGAGACGGAAAUUCAAGGAAGCAUUCCGGCCGUAUGAUGUCAAAGAUGUCAUUGAGCAAUAUUCCUCUGGUCAUGCAGACAUGCUGGCCAGGAUUAAGAACUUACAGAUGAGGUUAGACCAAAUCUUGGGCAAGUCAGGGAUGGAGAGACGGAAAGGUCGUGGAGCAGGCGAUCUCGAAUUGUUUGACCCUAAUAUCAGUUUACUGUCGCGUGUAGUGAAAGUAGAGAGAAGAGUGACUCUCAUUGAUAGAAAAUUAGAUAUGUUGAUUGAGAUGUACCGUGAAGAGAGACACGCCAAGUCAGCUGCUGAUGGGGGCAAGGAGGAGGAAGGAGAACAUUCCCAAGAAUCGGAUCCAGCUCCGAGGGGGUUUAUGAGGAGGAGAGGCUGGGGGUCGUACCAUCGGAGACAGAACGAAGCUAUUCCACAACGGGUCGAAUCCUCCGACACGUCAUCGGCGACAUCCCCCGCCGACCCGACCGCCACCACUGCAACCAUUCAGAAGCUUCCCAUCUCGUCCUCGCACCCGAGCCUCGCCGAAGAGAAGGUUGUCAAGGGACUCUUGAAGCCGUCGCACUCGCAGAGCGACGUCCACCAGAGCGGCGACGACUCCUCCAUCCACUCCCACGACCGCAUGAGCGACUCGACACUGCGUGCGGAAGGGAGCCCUCACUCCAGCGAGAAGGACAUGGAGAGUGACGUCUGCAAUCCUUCUACCAGCGAUCAAGACAUUCCAUUAUCCACCAACCCUCCCCGCUCACCCGACACGGUGUCGUACGCUAGCAGUAGGCUGUCCAGUACAGGCAGCUCUUCUGCCUUAGACAGUGAAACAAGAAUCUAAAAAAAGUGUGUGUAUUUGAUGCUUACAUAAUGUGGAGUGUUUUUAAAACAAAACAUUUAUGGCACAUAUUGUGCGCAGUACUUAUAUAUCGUCUUUAUAUUACUAUUCCCUAUCAAUAAUAUUUCAUGAUUACAGAGCUUUAAUUGCUUUCUUAUGUAUUUUAAUUUCUUUUCCAACAUUAAUUUCCUUUUCAAUACAUCGUGUCAUGCAAGCCCGCAUCUAUCUUGUUUUGAUGUUAAACAAAGAUAGAUUUAAUCAUGUAUGUUACUUUACUAUGUGUAGGAAGGGAAGGAUAUAUUUUGUCUUGUGUCCUGUUGGGAAUAAUCCAUAAGUUGAAUUUUCACGAAGUCCUUAUGUUUCUUGUGAUAUUUGUCUGUUAUCCUCUUGGUAUUAGGAACCUAAAGGUGCUAUAUUAUGUGUUCAACCUGAUAGGUAGUCACAGUUUAAGUUUUAAACUCCAUUUAUCAACUCAAUUCUAGUUAUUGAGAAAAUCUGUGUAUGAAGCCUGACUCAAAAGUUUAUUUUGAUGACUACUAACACAUGCCCCCUUUCCUCCCUGAGAAAGUAUU